CCCCCCUCACCCCUCCACUCAGCUCUAUCCCCUCGCUCAACCCACUACGCACAACCAACCCUCAAUACCAUCAUCGCGACGUUCCUCCACCACACACCAAUUGUGAUUUCGAAAUACGUUAGGGCGACAAAUAUGGCUUCCUCCAGUAACAUUGGAGGGUCCACUCGUGUUAAAUCAAACAUCAGUCCUUGCGCUGCGCCUGAAAUUAGGGGCAUCGUAGAGCAAAAGGAGAACUGGGGAGGGUGGGCCACUACUUUGAACGAUGCGACCAUCUUCGAAUACAUUAUGCGCCAAGUUGGUUGCGAGAGUGUCGCCGUGAGAGAACUUUAUUCUAUGGAGGAGGAUUAUCUUCGAGAGGUGAAAUCUUGUUAUGGUAUUAUUUUUCUCAUGCCAUAUAAUGAGCAUUACGAGACCCAAGCGGGGGAGGAACUAAAAGACCUCCCCGAUGGAAUGUGGUAUAGUAAUCAAAUUGCCGAUAAUGCCUGCGCCUCUUAUGCACUGUUAAAUAUCUUGAUGAACCUCAACAACGUACCAUUGGGCACACAACUUGAGGGGUUCCGCGAAUUUACCCUUGGACUUCUGCCUCCUCACAGAGGCCAGGCGGUCGAUGGAUUUAAAUCAAUCAAGAAUGCACACAACUCAUUUUGCUUCAGGUAUGAAAUUGAGGAGGCAGAUUUGAUCCUCUACGAGGAAGCAGUUAGGGACUCGGAUCCAAAGUCCGAACUAAAGUCCAAGGAAAAUCACGGGGGAAAGAAAUACAAAACUGAGGAGGCAGAGGUGGCGCGAGGCCACACCGAUCAAAUUGAUGGUCCUCACCACUACAUCGCAUACGUUCAAGUAGGAGGGUGCCUGUGGGAAUUGGAUGGCCUCAAACAAACGCCUUUCAAGGUGGGAGAUUGUAAUAAUGAAAACUUUGCCGUCUGCGUCGGCAGUCGCAUGCGUGAAUUGACUGCUAGGUGCUCAGAUUUGAGCAUUGACUUCGGUAUAUUCGCCCUUGAACCUGCAAAGGCGCCCCAACUAGACAAACAACACCAAGCCAACGCGAGGGAGAUAGGCGCCAUCGAGCGCAAGCUACAGGAAAUAGAUCCUCAUUCUUCCUUGCGCAAAGAAGAUCUACUGUCGGGCCUCUUAAUCCUCCCGCCUUCUGAUACGGAUGAUUUUGGACAUCACAAUGGGAUGAUGACGGAGCAACUGGUGGAGCUCCGCACCGACUUAAUCCAGAAACAAAAGGCAAUUGAGAUGGAAAAGGAUAACCUCUUCAACGAAGAGUCUAGAAAGGCUUUGGAGCUGGCGCGAAACCGGCACGACUACGAGCCGUUCAUACUUACGAUGGCAACGAUGGUCUGGGCGCAGCAGCAAGCUGAAGCAAAAACAAUUAAACCAAAGAAAAAGGGAAGGAAAGGGCGUUGAUACUAGUUCCGUCUAAUCCUUUAUUUCCUUCCCUCCCAUUUUCUUCGUAUUCCUAUGUCCCAGAGUCCCCCUGUUCUGUUUUCUGUUUGAAUGGCGUGUCGGGUCAGUCGGCUUGGUUAAGUUCGGUUUGGUUUACUAUGUUUUUCUCUGCUACCUCUGACUUUCCACAUUGUCUUCAUCAUUGACCUUCAAGAUCUUGUUGUCCAUCCUAUGCCUCCAAAGCAGGCGUGUGUGUCGGUGUGUAUCGGUCAAGUGUUUUAGAACAAUUUGUCCAGGCUUGUUUGAGCAACUAUCUGUUUGAUUACCCUCUUUAUUUCUCGUAGCCCAUUUCUUGUGUCAUGCCUUCGUCAGGGGACCAUUCCGACAUUUUAUAUAUUAUGCUUCCCUAGUUUUACAUCUCUAAUUCAUGCCUGUUGCAGUAGUUCUGUUCGGUUGCACGUUGGUUUUUUCUGGAUUCACUCUUUUUUGCGUCCCCCCAUUGAUUCCACUUAUCCUACCGAAAAAGAAAAAACUCCCUAAUAA